AAACGCAUUGGCAUAUGUUCUCAUGUUCUUGUCGUGUAACGAUUGUGCGGGUUAGACGUUAUAAGUACUAGUUUCGAUACUUUAAUUUCGCCAUCGUUUCUCGUUAAAUAAUUAGAGUUUUCAUAACCGUCAACUGAUUUUAUUUCCUUUAAAUGUGAUUUUAUUUUACUUGGUUUUGUACUUUUUUUUUUAGUUUAAUAUUUUUUAAUUAAACCUCAAAAUGUACAGACUACUGGUAUUGUGUUUGUGUUACGGUUUCCUGGACCACGCAGCGUCUACAGAAGAUAUAACGGCUGCAUUGUAUGAACACUGUGGCGAUUUAAAACCCCAAGAAAGCAUUCAAAUUAAAUUAAUAACUGGAGUUUGGUAUGUAAUAGAAAGACUUCAACAUAAAACGGACGAAAAGCUAUAUCACGGAGAGAAAUUAGAAGACCCUUCUUGCCCUUAUAUAUACUUGACUUAUUUUGAAAAUGACUCGGUCCUAAAAUUAUACUGGGAAGAAUCUGAUGGCAAUAUUGAAUACCGACUUAAAAUAAACGAUAAAUCCUAUCCUGGUUUAUGGAUGUCGUCUGGAGGGCAAAAUGGUUCGCUAUUACAGUUGACCAGAUACAGCCAGUUCGCUGGAACGGUGUACGUCAUGGAGGCGGUCAGCGACCACAUGGUUUUGACGUUUUGUUCGCCCAACGCGCAACUUUAUAGCCUAAUACUGGCUAGGCAAAUGAUGUUGGACGUGAAAGACCUGAAAAGUAUAACAAAUCACAUAAACCGACUUAAGCUACCCAUCACGCAAACGAGACGCACGUGCCGCAACUCGUCGCCAAUCACACAGGCCAUCACGCUGUGGCUGAUCACAACACUCAGUUUGGCGCACGUGUUCCUGCGUAUCACGCAGUAGACACAUGCCCGAAAAUCACGUUACGCCAUUCAAAAUAUUGCCCUCUUUUUGGGAAGUAAAAAAAAAAACAUCAUCAUCAACAACAAUAAACACAAUAAGACGAUAGGAAAAGAGACCCUUCUCCCAACAUUGUUCCCGACUGACGCUGCACACCGAUGACAACUCGAGGAAAGGCCACACCAUACUGCCACAUCACGCUCAAUAUUCGAAUUGUGCAAUACCAUCUAAAUCUAUCCAUUCCGUUCGAUUUGUACUUUUGCUUAACUCUUCGGAUCUCUCUAGCAUGUAGUGAUUUAUUUUUAUUUUUUAUUAAACCAUAGGUAAUAUUACUAUUACUCAUAUUAA